CCGCCACCGGGCGGGAAGCCUGGCCGCUCGGCUGUGAGAGGUUUUAACGUUAACGCGUCAAAUUCGUGACAUUUACUGGUUCAUAGGAAGAGUGUUGUACUUUACGGUCAUUGAAGCUGCCUAGCUUAGCUCUGAGGUUAGCUUACAGCUUUAGCUAACAGGAGGAGCAGAGAAUUACUCUUUUUAAAAGAGACUUUUUACUUAAGUCACAUUUAGAAAAUAUGCCGAAAGGAUCAGAGACAUUAAGUAGUUAUAAGAGUUUGUUUGUUUUGUUUGUUUAUUAAGUGUUUACAUGUGUAAACAGCUAGCUGCUAGUAAACUGUCUCAUUCUUCAACUGAAUUUGGUGCUGAAUGAAGAUGCAGAUCUCCUCAUGAGGAAACAUCUUCCUGGACAGCUGUGACGUCAUGGAGCCUCCAGAUGGGCAGUCGUCGCCGUCGGAGCUCUGCAAAGGCCGGCGGAGAACAAAACCCCCAAAAUACCUCAACGACUACGAAAGUGAUGAAAAGAACAUUCGUAAAAUUGUCCAACAGGAAGCUCAGAGAAGAGGCCCGAAGGAAGAAGAGUCCAACAGUCAGACGAGAACUGAUGAUGAGGAGGAGGAGGAAGAAAGGAAGAAAAAGAUCCUGAAAUCCAGAGCAAAAAAGCCUAAAAAAGUAGGACGACCCCGGAAGCAUCCCGUGAAGGAGGAAAACGCCAACGGAGGGACCUGCAGAGCUGUGGGGGGGCGGGACGCAGCAGCGGCGCAGCCGGAGAACGGCACGCCGAAGCCCAAGAGGAGCUACGUCAGGAAGCAGCAGAGAAACGUGGAUCCGCCUCCUGAUCCGCCUGCAGAGGAGCCUCCAUCUGAAGCCGGGGAGGAGCCGAGGGAGGAGCCGGAACCAGGAGGCCGCCGCAGGAGAGGAGCCGCCAAGGCGGCGCUGAAGUAUCUCACUUUCCUGGCUAAAGAGGUGCUGUCCCAUCCCAGCGACGAUCCAGAAUCCAAGUGCCAUCCCGGGAAUGAAGAGUUCAGAUCCGAGGAGCAAACUCCAAAAAAGAGGAAAGGCAGAGGUUGGAAGAGGAAGCGUGCAGACAGCGACGCUUCGGAGGAUGAAGAUUUUGUUCCAAAUGCUUCAGAAGAUGCGGAUCCGCUAGAAGAAGAAGAUGAAGACGAAGACGAGGCUGAGGACUCGGACUCUGACCUGGGGGUUCCUGAGAGGCGUCCCACUGUGCAUCACAGGAACUACACUGUGAGCAGUAACCUAUACAACGGGCUGCCCUUCAAUAUGAUCAAAAGUGCCUGGGACGCCACUGACGCCUACAGGAAGUUCCGGGAAGAGAACCUCAGCAGCUGGGUGUUCCCAGAGUGGCUUCCCUCCCCCCGAGACUGGAACGCCGUUCCACAAAG